UAAAACGACACCGGCUUCAUGUCGAAAUCAUUAACUUGUCAGUUUGGUAAUUUCCUCAGUGACAUCUGAUUCCAACCAAUGAGGAGGAGUGGAGGAAAUUGUGUGAAGCCUUCUACAAGUCUGCAGAUAGUGUAUGGAACAACAACUUAUGUUUGUACACAGGGAAAUAUCUUAAUUAAUUCUCUCUUUUGCUGUCCGGUAUACUGUCCAACAUUGAAAGUAUUUCGAUGAAUCCGCUGCUCCAGCAUGUUGUCGGACGAUAAUUAAACACCUCGUUAACAACUUGUAUUUACCGUUACAUAUCAUUAUUUCAGGUAAUUCAAAAGUUUGUUCUGCGAAAAUGUCUUCUGGUUGCACGAAUUAUGUGGUCAGUGAAACCACGGAGAUCCUUAUUGAUUUAGGGCCAAUGAAAGACACAGUGCACCAGGUUUCCGGCCAGCCUGGCUGUUCACUGCUAACAUCUAUGUAUGCACAGAAAAUAUCACCAAAAAUCGUACAGGUUUGCUUUAUUUGUGAUAAGAUGUUUAUUAACCGUGUUAGUUUGACCAAGCAUUUAACCAAGCACAAUAUACUAGUCAGGGGUGCCACCUCCAGUGUAAACGAAGGAGGCAGUAAUGCCACAAAUAGAGAUCUAGAGAAGUUAAAUCCUCCUGGGAAAAUUAGCUGCGAAUAUUGUCGGGGAUUGUUUGAUAACCAAGACGAUUUGAUGAAACAUGAAAACACUCAUUAUCUGUUUGAAGGAUCAGUCAUGGAGAAGCACUGCUGUGGUUAUUGCGGAGUAAAGUUCAGUCGGCGGAGGGACCUCUUUCGCCAUAUCCGGUGCUGCGGAACGUUAUCGGCUGUGGACAAUUGUAAACUCGCGACGGAAAUCAACAUGAAACCAAACAGUAAUAAACAGUCGGAUGAAAGUUCUCAGGCGUCAACUCAGGUGGAAUAUUUCUGCCUGAAUUGCAAGCAGAAGCGUUCUUUCAAAAUCCUUUCCCUGGACCGUGCCAGCAAGCUCUUAAAACUGAACUGUCAAACCUGCGGGAAACCUCUACACUUAACGUAUUUUGCUUCCGAAUCUUCUAAGGCCAAAGAUCCUCAAAAGACUGUCGACUGCGACACAACAGCUGAACCGUGUCAAGACAAUGGACUGUCAACGUCAACACCACAAUCCCCGUUACUUAUUGACGACAACGACCCAGUCGCUGAUGACGAAGAACCAUGUGACGAAACUCCAGUUAACAAUGACGAAGAACCACGUGACCAAACAUCAGUUAACAACGACGAAGAACCACGUGACCAAACUCCAGUUAACGAUGACGAAGAACCACGUGACCAAACUCCAGUUAACGACGACGAAGAACCACGUGACCAAACUCCAGUUACGAAUGAUAAAAAACCACGUGACAAAACUCCAGGUAACAAUGAUAGAAAAGCAGUAAUAAAAACCAUAUUGAAGCUUUCCAGAAACUUCCCUCAAGUGAUCAAAAUGUUAAAUAAAAAUUCAAAGUUCAAAUGUCACAUUUGCUACAAAAAAUUUACCUCAUCGGACAUCCUCAGUAACCACUUCAAUUCAGCCCAUGCUGGAGUAAGAAGGCAGAAAAGUAGCUGCCCUUAUUGUUCCAAGUCUUACAUCACAGCAAAACUUUACCUGCGCCACCUUCAGAGUCACGUUCGAUUAAAGAAGAUUUCGUGCCACUAUCAGUUGUUAUCGAAAUCUACGGAAGCAUUCUAUGACAUUUUCGAUUACCAUCACAAUGGAAAACGGCACACUUGUCUCCAUUGUUCUCAAAGUUUUUCCAAUUCCGUAGAACUUUUAAAUCACCACAAAGAAUCUCAUCCUAAUAAUUCUGUUCACGUCUGCCAAGUGUGUUCCUGUCAGUUUGUUUCUGACAACUCUUUAAAGCAACAUCGUAAGAGGCACAGUGUCAAGAACUUCUACAAAUGUGACUUUUGCUUCAGAACAUUCACUAAAAUGUCCGUUUUCCUGCAACACAUUUUACAACAUGCAAAGAUAAGUUUUUAAAUUAAUUUACUCCUCUGUUAACAUCAACUUAAUGCAGUGUAUGUUUACUAUAUUUAUAUAUCUACACUUUAUAUAGUUGUGUGUGUGUGUAUAUAUACACACACAUGCACACUUUAUUUAUAUAUAUAUAUAUAGUAAACAUUUACAUGUUCAUUGUAUAGGUUCAAAUCCAGCUAGGAUCUUGUACAUAUCCAGGAAUAAAUGGCACCUGAUGAUAAUGGUUGUAGUUUUAACCAAUGGAAACAGUAUAUUGUGUAUGUAUGUAUGUAUGUAUACACACACACACUCACUCACACAUGCACAUAAUUAUAUGUAUGUAUAUGAAAAUUAUAUAUAUAUAUAUAUAUGUGUGUAUGUAUGUAUAAAUAUUUGUGUGCAUGCACAUACUCUUAAGAUGGUGUUAAUUAUUAUUGUUUCAGUUACAAUUAAUUUAGCCAUAUCAAAUGGUUUAUUAAGCCAGGUUCAAUAUUUUAAUAGAAAAUUACUUAUGUGGGAUGCUUGAGGUGAAUUUGAAAGUUUGUGUUAAAGGGAAAGAAGACACAGGGUCCCAUUGAAAAGUAAAAAAAAACUUAAAAUGAUUCGAAGGUUUUGACUAAAUUACGGCUGGGAGAUAACAGUGUACUUCAAGUAGCUGCCCUUGGCUUUUUCUAUGGCCCCAAGGCAUGCUCCAGACCCUGGCACGUGCACUCCUCACUGUGUCCCCAAGAAGAUCUUUGAACACCUCCUUGAUUUCGGUCACUGGUUCGGCCUUGGUGUUACAGGCUGAGCAGUUGCUGUCUUUCUCGGCCACACCCCAUACAUAGUAAAUUCACGGGGUUACAAUCAGCGGAAUUAGGAGACCAGAAACUGGGGGUCGGUGAAGUCAUAGGAAUUCUCCGACAACCACUUCUGACUUCUUUCCAGAGGAAUGGCAAGGAGCUGAAUCCUACUGCCACACAUAUGGCCUUCCAUCGGUGACCCCCUCUCCAGCCAGGGAUUGACCAUGGCCUCCAGCAGCUUCACAUAGCCAUCUGAAUUUAGCCUAAGAUCCCGCCGUUCAAAGAUGUGGAGCAGCAUGAUGUUAUCGUCACUGGGGACACCCAAAAAGCAUCGCAGUUUGAGGGAACUUCAAUCAUUUGUAAUAAAAAAAAAUUAAUUGAAAAAUAUUGAUCUCCUGUAACCCUUUUGAUAGCAACCUACUUGAUAUUCCCCCUGGUUCUAUGAUACAAAACAAACAGUUUUAAAGGGAUUUAAAGUAAAACCUCCCAUUAAAAUUCCAUGCUGUUUGGUUCCAAACACCAGCCGUACAAUGACCGUUAUUUUGUACUAAGUUCUUCAAAAUUAACUAAAAGAAGGUUAGUGUAUUUUAAUAAAAAUAUAUUAACAAUAGGCAAUAUCGCUAAGCAUUUUGCCCAGCAUGCUAACAAUUUUGCCAGCUUGUUUUUUUUUCCCCAUCAUUGCAUGCUUUUCGUAUGCAAGCCGGGUGGGGCUCGCUCGGAGUACUUGAAUUUAUGCCUUACACAUGACAACUAAUAACGAAGCCUUGAUGAGACAACAAUUUCUAUAGAACUCAACCCCAGCAAUGAGUUUGACAAACAUCUAUCGGCUGUUUAUCUUAUGCUUUAUCUUUUACUUGUUUCAGUCGUUAGAUUGAGGCCAUGUAAAAAAGGCGGUGCCCCAGCAUGGCCUCAAUCUAAGAUAAACAGCUAAUAGAUGUUUGUCAAACUCAUUGUUGGGGUUAUUAAGUUCUAUAGAAAUUGUUGUCUCAUCACGACUUCGUUAUUAGUUGUCAUGUGUAAGGCAUAAAUUAGAUUGCUCCGAGCGGUUUGCAUACGAAAAGCAUGGAAUGAUGGAAAAAGAAAAACAAGCAUUUUACAAUGAGGCAAGGUCCGGGUUCAAUCACUGUGUCCAUCAUUGAUUGUAUAUGGGUGUGUGGGUAAUAAACUCAUUUUGCAAUCGGGUUCAAUCUCACUGCAUGCCACCUUGGCUGAGUUUCUUGUAUGUAUGUAUGUUGAGAAACCAGUGUUGGUUUGUUUGUGUCACAUUUUGGCAAAAAAAAAAAGGCUGAUAGAAUAAGUAUCA